UGCAGUGUUCAAGAAGUAAAAGUGUUGAAGUGUUAAAAGUGUAAAAGUAGAAAAUGACUGGUCGCGGCAAAGGUGGAAAAGGCUUGGGUAAAGGUGGUGCUAAGCGUCAUCGUAAAGUUUUACGUGAUAACAUCCAGGGAAUUACUAAGCCUGCUAUUCGGCGUUUGGCUCGUCGUGGAGGUGUAAAACGUAUAUCUGGUUUAAUAUAUGAAGAAACACGUGGUGUCUUAAAAGUAUUUUUGGAGAAUGUUAUCCGUGAUGCAGUCACCUAUACUGAGCACGCUAAAAGGAAGACAGUUACAGCAAUGGAUGUUGUAUAUGCUUUGAAGAGACAAGGACGUACCUUGUAUGGAUUCGGCGGUUAAACCAUUUUUACUAUCAAAUAUGAAAAUCUAACAAAACGGUCCUUUUCAGGA